UUUCCUUGCAGACCUGACAUACUAAUUACCACACAUUAAUGAUUAAAUUUAGUGUGGUGUUCAAGUGCAAUAUAAAAGGAGCUUGUUUAUGUGGUUUGGAACAGUUAUACCUAGAAACACUAUUGAAGAAUGUCAUGGAAAGAUCACUUCUACUUCACUCAAGAAUGUCAACUGAGGAAGGCUUGCAGUUCACAAGAUCUGGAUUUACAGGUGGAAUUGUGCCACCAUCUUCAGGCUUACAGAGGCAGUCUACUACAAAUGCCACCUCAGUUAACCUAGGCUUACCUUUGUUCCUUCCUCCUGUUCCUUUGUUAUCUUCAUUGCCCAAGCCUUCUCUACAUCUGACUCUGCCUCCACUCCCUCUUUCACCUCCCCCACCUUUGCCCCCACUGCCUCUUUCUCCUCCCCCACCUCCGCCUCCUCUUCCUCUUUCUCCUCCCCCACCUCUGCCUCCUCUUCCUGUUGAUUCCCCUCCCAGAUCUCCUGAAGAAGCUGCUCCUCAUGCAUCAGCUCUCCCCAUGCCUGAUGGAUUACUUCUCCACAAGGCAGAUGUGGUGCUUGAAGGCAGCAAACAACCAUUCAGCAGUCGAAAAUCAAUGCCAGGUCAGGAAAAUUCCAACAAAUCUGAACAAGUUUCAGUUAAUAGUGGUGAAUUCCAGUCAUUUUUUAUUGAUAGAAGGCCAUCAAAGGUGUACAUACAAGGCAUACGUCAAGGGAGAUCGAGAGAGACACCAAUUAUGCACAAGUUCUCGUCACCAAACAGCCCGAGUCCAUCAGCAACAACGAGGGAUAUUUCAUCACGAAGCUUGAUAGCUCGUAGUUUCUCUGGCUCCGUAAGAAGUACUUUAUCUUGGAGAAAGAAGGCAACAGUAUCCCCUGAAUUGAUUACUCUUUCUGAUGAUGAUGAUGAUGAAGUACAAUGCAUCUCUACUGAAGUGAAAAAACGUGUGUCAGAUGGAGAAGUAAAGAAUGAUGCGCCGCCUGUGUCUGAAGUUGGUCGAAUAGCAGUGAGUUCUAUACCAUCACCGAACAGAAACAAUGCUAGGAGAUUUAGUUCUCUGUGCACUUCUUCCUCGUUGCCUUCUCAAGUACAUUGUUCCACAAAUAUGGAGCACGAGACGAACGUUGGAUUAGCUGAGCUAAAAACUACUAUGCUCGUAGAAACGCCUCACUGUGUUAUCAUCUCCCCAGAGUACAAAAAUAAGAAUCCCUCUUAUACUUCAAGCAAGGAAAGUAACACGAUGCUACCUAAUGGCAUGCUUCCCGAUGCAUUAAAUCCAAGUGUUCCGCUCAUAAUUCCACGAGAUAUUGGCAAUUCCGGCCAGACGAAUUCUCCCAUCUGCGAUAAUCUAACGUCGCUCGUUGAUAGAGCGCGCCACACGGACGUGUCAAGGCCUAGUCCCAACCCUGACACGGUGAACAGUGAUGUGUCACGGUGCAGCUCGACGGCUCAGCAAUGUGGGAUCAUUGAAAGAAUGGAUGCUGUUGACCCUGACUAUUGGCCCUUGGAAAGAGUUCGUCUGGAUUAUUUAACCAACCACACUCUGGACUUCAGUGAUGAGGUGAUGGGCAUCAGAGCAAGCCUGGAAAACUUACGUCAAUGGCGGCUUACUGGGUUUGGUAAUGACUGGAGGGCAAUGCGUGGAGAUGCUGCCUUUACUCUCAUGUCGUACAAUGUAUUAGCUCAGAAUCUGAUCACAGGAAACAUGUACCUGUAUUCUGACUGUGACCCACUCCACCUUGACUGGACGUACAGGUGGACUCUUCUUCAAUACGAAGUAAAGCAGUUGGAUCCCGAUAUUCUUACGUUUCAAGAAGUUCAGUGUAAUCAUUAUCAUGAAUAUUUCCUUCCUUGGUUCACUCAUUUGGGAUACCAAGGUGUGUACAAGAAGCGAACGGAUGACAAAUCAGAUGGCUGUGCCAUUUUCGUUCGCUCGAAUAAAUUUGAUCUCGUCGAGCAUGUGUCCGUAGAAUACAUGCAACCAAAUACGUUUAUGAAUCGAGACAACGUAGGAUUGAUUUGCACGCUGCAGUGCAAGGAGAAUAUGGCUUUUUUCUGCGUUGCAACUACACAUUUACUCUACAAUCCUAAACGGCACGACAUCAAACUGGCACAGCUGCAAAUGUUUCUUGCAGAAAUCGAACGUAUGGCAUAUAGUGGACCAUCGACUAAUCUGGAAGCUACUCCAUACAAUCCCGUGAUAAUCACAGGCGAUAUGAACGCAUACCCGUAUCAACCAGUGAUGAACUUCUUGAAGCAAAGUUACAUCAAGUAUUAUGGCCUCGAUUCCAGAUUUUUGACACCCAUUAACUCAGGCGGUCGGAUACUCACAGGAUUCUUGCUGCCCCGCGAGCUGGGAGUGACGGACACAUGUCAGCACGCAGGGGUGCUGGCGCUCAGAAAUGGACUGCGUUCCUCUUCUUCUUUGCCGGACCGACGAGCUCGUGAACUGAGCGUGAUGGGAUUGUACCACUCGGAGAACCGACCUACCUACAACUUUCCAUCUCUUAAUCUCCAUGAGCAGUUCACUGGCCAAUUGCAGCAUCCGUUUUGUCUCAAGUCUGUCUUCAAACAUUCGCUGGACAGGCUUGGGGGUGCGCCUGAGGUUACUGCACAAGUUAACGACUGGCAGACUGUCGACUACAUUUUUUAUUCGCAGGUGUAUUCGAACAGGUUACAGCGCGCGGUCGAAGGCCGUCUGAAGCUGGUAGCUCGGUACGACCUCUUGUCUGGACCUGAAGCGCGAAAGUUCGGUCCUUUACCUUCAGCUGUCGCACCUUCAGACCAUUUCCCUCUGGCGGCCAAGUUUGUGUUGCGUCAAGCCUCCAAUUCCAAGUUGGCGCCCCGUUGUCGCACGUAAACCUGGCUAGUCUUAUCUUAUGGAAGUGAUAUUUUACGUAUAGUACAAGCUUUGAAUUAAAAGUAACAAGGGGGUGAAGGACUUCAAAUUGUGUCACUUAAACCGAGCAUUUAUUAUUUUUUUUUUGCAUUUUGCCUAAACAGUGAGCCUGAUCAUUUUCAAAUCUGAGAUAAAUUUCGCACGAAAAAAAAAACAUUCCUCUGAUAGACCCCUGCUAAAGGAAGAUAGUUUGAAAGACACGCUGCGUGUAAUAGCACGUGUGAAAUAGUAGGUAUAGCAGUACGGUAUUCUGAUUUCAUAUUGUCGCAUUAUCUUGAUAUGGAAUUGCUUUCUGAUACAUGGACCGAUGGUCUUUGAUUUUUCGCUUUUAUUUUUGUUAACAAUUGAGGAUUGUUUCCGAUAUCUCGCGGAUAGCUAACAAGUGAAAUAAAACGUGCAGUUGAAGAAAGUGAGCGCGUAAACUUGUGCAUUUUUAGUAAUGAUUUUUGCAGCAGCUCAUUGAGACUUGAUCAAAUCUGCAACUCGAGAUGAAAUAUUAGUGGCAUCAUGCGCUGCACGUGACAAGGAUAUGACGCUGCACGAGCAAAUUAAGUUUUUUGUUACUCGCAUUUAAGGAAGAUGGAAUAUAUUUGUUGAUAAUC